AUGUCGUCCAAGAGAGGAGAUCUUGACAACUUUCGUACAACAAGUAUAGACGGUCUAUCGAUGAAAAUAAGGCCCUUUCGACAGUGCGUAUUCAUAUUGGACGAACUUUUAUCUUGUUUCGAAUGCAUCGAGUUCAUCGUGCCAGUCCCCGAGACGGCUACUGUAUACCACCAAGAGAUCGAGCAUCCUAUGGACUUUACAACCUUGGAACAAAACUUGUUUAGCAAUAAAUAUAAAAGUUACCAAGACUUUCGACAAGAUCUUGUCCUUAUUUGGACCAACGCAACUACCUUUCACCGCGAUUUUGAUCCAAUUUAUAAGCAAGCUGUAGUGCUGAAAGAUAAAUUCCAUAUAUUAGAAACAUACAUUUUUGAACGAGGGCCCAAACCCAAUUUUUUAUCAAUUACUAUAAAAGAAGUAGAUAGCAUACUUCUUCAGCCUGCUGCAGAAGAAAGAACGUGUCUUGUUCGGUUACCGAUGUACAAAGAAAUUACUCCACAUAGAAAAAGCACUUUAUAUUUCAUACAAACGAUACCAGAUGAUCCAACAAGAAAACUAAGAGGCUACGCCAACGUUCGAACCUUAUUUUAUCAGCUAAAUCAGCCCUUUUUCAACUGCAUUGCUCAUACGCAACAAUCAAAGUUACCACUGCCUCGAUUUUACAUUUCAAAGAAUCGAGCGUUAUUAGCGCAGGGUAUAAAAGAUCCAAAUGCGUCCAUAGCCGUGCUUUAUAACGUCCGUAUUGAGCCAAUCCCUGAUAGCCCGGCUAAUCUACUCAGGUUCAUCGCAACCGUGAUCAUAGUCGAGCCCAUAGGUGAGAUUCAUGCAUUCCAUCAAGCGUCCAUUCCUGAUGGCGAUAAGCGUGAAAACGGGCCGAGUGCAUGGAUGAAGAUGCAGAUUGUUAAAGUAGUAGAAAAUGUACAAACAGUUAUCAAUAGCGAGAUCGACAAGAUGUUUUUGCGUGGAGUGUACAGGACGUUCCGCUUGACGACCACUGAAGAAGAUGCAAGAAAGAUGUCGAACCCAGGGAUUUACGGAUUAUUUGUCAGAUCCAUCUUAGAGCCUGUGUCGGUUACUAAACCUAAUGGAUCCUCUACUCCUACACAAGAAGCGGGCUCAUUUUGGUCUGAUUUACUGCAUGAGCAAAGACUAUCUGACAGUACCUCACAGAACACAGUCAGGGCGGAUAAUUCACAAAAUAGUCCUCAGGCGACGAUCAUACGUCCUAUGGAGUCAAGCAACAAAGAAGACACACAGAUCAAUAGAAACCCAUCUCCUGUAUCCAAUCACUUGGCCGUGCAGCCGAACACCUCUAUACACGUGCCAAAUCAAAUAAACACACAGCCACAGAAAUUAAAGACGAAUGCAGAGAAUGGACUGCCUUCCUUAGCUAUUCGCUUACCUCUAAAAAGAAAACCAAUUACUUCUGAUACCCGGGAAGAUCCCACAAGACAGCCGCGUGCACCUAUAAAUAACAACACAAACCAAGGCAUACCUUCGAAUGGCUUGCAAUCGCAGUCUCCUCUUGCUGAAACGCCUCUUCCUGUUCGGGUAGAGCAACCGCAGCCUCCUCUUGUCGAAACACAUAGUCCUUUGCGAAUAGAGCAACCACAGACUUCUAUGGUUGAAAUGCAUCGCCCUGCGCAAGAAGAACAACCACAGACUCCUCUGGUCGAAAUGCAUCGUUCUGUGCGAGGAGAACAGCAGAAAAAGUACGUUUGGCCACCUGUCACUCAAUCCGAACCAAACGGCUCUCGUUCUCCACAACCUUCUUCAUCUUACAUUCCGACACAACCCACAGCUCAAUGGAGCCUUCCUCGUCCAAACGUGAGACCUGUAUGGAUUCAACCUUGGCAGGUUAAUCCAGAUAUCCGACACACGACGAUGCAUAACAGGCAGACCCAAUGCACGGCACCAGUGCAUUAUUACACUCCCCCACAUCCCCCCAGUCAGGCACCCAAUUGCCCUGGACCGGAUCCAAGCAGACGUCUUCCACCUCCAGUGAACGAAGCGACAAAGGCAGUUGCUCAACAAGCCGCUGCUGCGGCUGUGGCUGCCACAACAACGGCGCAAAAGAAGCAGCAGGAAGUUACUGUAUAUGAUAAACUGAUGGCGGCUGCUACCAAGCACCUUCAAAAGGAUACAGCAGUUCAACAGAAGCCAAAUGAAGUUGCGCCUGCUGAGCCUGGUCGAGAGCCUUUUGAGAUGGCCUUUGCUCGUAACCUAACAUGGCAUCUAGCUAGUCUUAAUGCUUUUCCAGGUAGAACGACGAUUAACCCGCAGGAUAACGCGGGUAUCAGGGCUACAGAGUCCAACCUGUCUCAUUCAGUAGAAGCUGUGGCAGGACCUAUUGUCAAGCAAGCACUUUCCACAACAGAAACGGCAGUAGUGCCAGCGACAACCACGACAAGAGUAACGUCAGCAGCAACAGAGACAGUCGCGCCAACUACAGUGCCAUCCGUACUACCAGUACUACCUAACACAGUAAUGACAACAGCAGCACCUGCCACAGAAACUCCAAUAGCAUCGGCAACGUCAACGAAAGUAACGACACAAGUAAUGCCAGCAGCAGCAUCUGCAGAGCCAUCAACACCACCUAACACAGUGGUGACAACAGCAGCGCCUGUUACAGAAACUCCAAUAAUGUCGGCAACCUCAGUGAAAGCAAUGACACAAGUAUUACCAGCAGCAGCGUCUGUCAUAGAAACAAAAGCAACGCCAGCGAAAGUAAUGACAGAAGUAAUACCAGCAGCAGCACCUACCACAGAAACAAAAGUAAUGUUAGCAAUGCCAGCUACACCAGAAACGCUCGCAACGUCGUCUACAACAGCAAUGCCUACAACGUCAGAUAUGUCAGUUGCAGCCAUUGAAACACGUAAUAAAGAGAGUAUAAUAGAGACUGUAAAGCUGGAACAAAAAGGGGAAACGGUAAACAGUGUAGCGAUUGUGCCUAUGGAGAUAUCUAGUGAAGAUCUAGCUAAACGAACCCAACUAUACGAGUUCCGAAGUAGACAGUUAUUCUGCAAGCUAAUAGACUUGUCUAGGGAACUGUCUGUGCCGGUCGAAAACAUCAACAGCUACAGGUUUGACAUCAAGACAUCACCCAAUGCCGAAGGUUAUUUCAAACAGGUCUACUUUCUCCGCGACGACAAGCGCAAGGUAGUGCAGACGUUUCGACGCAUGACGACGGCACAAAGGGUAACUGAAAUUGCCAGUCUGUUGAAACUAAAGGACAAGCCUCAUAUCGGACAGAUUACCGAAGUGAUUGAAGAGAACGGCGAGAUCAUUGGGCUUUCAAUGGAGCGGUACCAAAAGACACUGAAGCAGUACACGCAUGCGCACUCACAUCACCGUCUGACAGCGCAUCAAAAGAUGGACCUGGUGAUACAGUUGCUCGAAUGUAUGAAGACCAUUCAUGACCACGGCUUAGCUCAUCGCGAUCUUUCCGAGGUCAACUUUAUGGUGAACGAAACCGAGGAGCGGUUACCGGACGGAAGCACAAAGGCAGAGGUCUAUCUUAUUGAUUUUGGAAAGUCCACAUUUGUCUUUCCUGCGGAUGUCCGUCAGUGGUGGAUUCAGUUGCCUCCGGGCGAGACAGAGUCGAGUGAGAUUGUUCCGACAACAGAGGAAGAGCUCAAGGAGUGGUGUGACCAGCUGCCGUGGAUGCGAGCAAAGCCUGAUCAUGGCUACCGACUGUACCGAUCAAUUCAGACCAUGCCCAAGAGUCGCAUCGAUACCCAAGAGCUGCCAUGGUUGAUCAAUCCUUUAGCCGAAGAUAUGUAUUCGAUCGGCACCAUCAUCUGGAAGAUGUUUGCCGAGACCGAACCCUGGUACGGUAUCCUGGAGACAGAUAUUAAAAGUUUGCGUGAUAUCGUCGGUGAUGAUUAUAACAUUGAAAAGGCGCUUGAACGAGAGGUGCCUGGCAAGCUCAGUAAGGAAUUACUGCUUCAUACUCUGAAGGUAACACCUCAGGAACGAAAAACGGCAGAUGAGAUGCUUGCUUGGAUUAAGAAUCCUCAGAUCAAAGAAGAGUUGAUCAAUGAAUGGCAGGUGUAUGCGCCUGUAGAUAGACAAAAAAGGCAUGCGAAAAAGUUUGAUGAUGAAUCUGUUGAUUUGCCAGUAAAGAGGCAAAAGCCAGGACGAUUAGGUCGUCCAAAAAUAUAUCCUAUAUCACCAUCAUAA